AUGACACGAAACAAAACAGCACCAAAUUGGCGGCCAAACGUCUUAGGACCUCCUGGCCAUACCGGCAAAACAGUCUUUUUCAAGGCUACUAGGACACAUGCUUUGAAAGUAGCACUAACUCCAGAAGAAAAGAAAACUACCAAAAACCAAAAAAAAUUUUAUAAAAAGGAAAAUACCAAAAAACAGUAUGGACAUAGCCUUGAUAACCAAAAGGACCAAAACUUAAACCAUGGUAAUAAUAAUAAAAUUGGUAAGAAAGCCACAGAAUAUCUUUUGAGAAUAGUGCAGCUCAACGUUGAAGGAAUGACCAAGUCAAAGGCUGAAUUAAUCAGUCAUAUUUUCCACCACGCGGACAUUUUAGCACUG